AUGGCGGGCCGGAAGGUGGCCAUCUCCAACUGCGCGCGGGCGCUGAACGACAAUGAGAUCUACAUCAUCCAGAUCUUCGACAACGCGCCGUCGGGCCUCCUCGUCAAGGCCUACCUGCAGGCCAAGUCGCUCGAGUACUUUAUGCCCAUCACCGAGGGCGAGCUCGAGAAGGCGGCGCUGAACCGGGGCGAGGCCGCGCUGACGCGCCUCGCCGAAUCCAUCGACCUCGUCGAGAAGGGCGGCGCCAUCUUCCUCGAGUCGUCCAUCCCGGGAAUCGCCAAGCCCAAGUUCAUCGGCCGCACGCGCGCGGGCGACGGGACGCUGCCGGCCUUCCUGGCCAAGGCCCUCGCCGAGCUGUGCCGGGACAAGCCCGCGGGCCUCGAAGCGGUCAAGCGGCUCGGCGAGUGGAUGCUCGAGCACAACCCGAACCAGCCCGCGGUCGACGAGCCGGAGGACGGGCCGGAGGCCGCCGUCGCGGCGGCCGCGGCGUGA